AUGAAGAGGAAACAGAAGAGAUUUCUGCAGAUGACUUUGUUAUUCAUGGUGGCUUUAAUUUUCCUGCCCAAUAUCGGUCUCUGGUCUCUAUACAAGGAGAAGCACCUGGUGAAAUCCCCUGAGCCCGGGGAGCCGCAGACAUUCCCACUGGGCCUGGGAGAUGGGCAGUUCUAUGCAUGGACAGAUGGUUUGAGAAGAAAGGACUGGCAUGACUAUGGCAGCAUGCAGAAAGAGGCUAUGCGCUCAGGGAAAGGUGAACACGGAAAACCUUACCCCCUCACUGAGGAGGACCACGACGACUCAGCUUACAGGGAAAAUGGUUUCAAUAUUUUUGUCAGCAACAACAUUGCUCUAGAGAGGUCCCUGCCAGAUAUCCGGCAUGCCAACUGUAAGCACAAGAUGUACCUGGAAAGGCUGCCAAACACCAGCAUCAUUAUCCCAUUCCAUAACGAAGGCUGGACUUCCCUCCUCCGGACCAUACACAGCAUCAUCAACCGAACCCCGGAGAGUCUGAUCGCAGAAAUCAUCCUGGUUGAUGACUUCAGUGAUAGAGAACACUUGAAGGAGAAGCUGGAAGAGUACAUGGCUCGGUUUUCCAAAGUGAGGAUCGUCCGCACCAAGAAAAGGGAAGGGCUGAUCCGGACCCGACUCCUGGGGGCAUCCAUGGCCAGAGGCGAGGUCCUGACCUUCCUAGACUCUCACUGUGAGGUCAACGUCAACUGGCUGCCCCCACUCCUCAACCAAAUUGCACUAAACCACAAGACCAUUGUCUGCCCCAUGAUCGAUGUCAUCGACCACAAUCACUUUGGGUACGAGGCGCAAGCCGGGGAUGCCAUGCGUGGUGCCUUUGACUGGGAAAUGUACUACAAGAGGAUCCCCAUCCCGCCAGAGCUGCAGAGGGCGGACCCCAGUGACCCUUUCGAGUCUCCCGUUAUGGCUGGAGGUCUCUUUGCCGUGGAUCGCAAAUGGUUUUGGGAGUUGGGUGGCUAUGAUCCAGGUCUGGAGAUCUGGGGAGGAGAGCAAUAUGAAAUUUCUUUCAAGGUCUGGAUGUGUGGAGGAGAAAUGUUUGACGUUCCAUGUUCCAGGGUCGGUCAUAUCUACAGGAAGUACGUCCCUUAUAAAGUUCCAUCUGGGACCAGCCUGGCGAGAAACCUGAAGCGGGUGGCAGAGACCUGGAUGGACGAGUUCGCCGAGUACAUUUACCAGCGGCGCCCAGAGUACCGGCACCUGUCCACCGGGGACCUCUCGGCGCAGAAGGAGCUCCGCAGACAGCUCAAGUGCAAGGACUUCAAGUGGUUCAUGGCAGCCGUGGCCUGGGACGUGCCCAAGUACUACCCUCCGGUGGAGCCCCCGCCUGCGGCCUGGGGUGAGCUUCGAAACGUGGCAGCAAACCUCUGCGUGGACAGCAAGCAUGGAGCCACGGGGACCGAGCUAAGGCUGGACGUGUGUGUCAAGGACGGUUCUGAGAGGACCUGGUCUCAUGAGCAGCUCUUCACCUUCGGCUGGAGAGAGGAUAUCCGGCCAGGCGAGCCCCUGCACACUCGGAAGUUCUGCUUCGAUGCCGUGUCCCACAGCAGCCCCGUCACUCUGUACGACUGUCACGGCAUGAAGGGGAACCAGCUCUGGGGCCAUAGGAAGGACAGAACAUUGUUCCAUCCUGUGAGUAACAGCUGCAUGGACUGUAACCCUGCAGAGAAGAAGAUCUUCAUGGCCAGAUGCGAUCCUCUCUCAGAGACUCAGCAGUGGGUUUUUGAACAUAUUAAUAUGACUGUUCUAGAAAAAUUUAACUACCAUGCCAGCUCCUAGGAAGAAAAAAAAAGGAAGGACGAAAAGAGUGAUUCCCUACAGAUGAUAAAAAAAUUCAACUUUAGCCAGCCUCUGGGUCAAAGGAGUCAGGAAUAACUUUUCCUAGAUCCGGGAAGCCUGGUUGGAAAGACCUGUAAAUGCCUUGUCCAAGUAGGGCGUCCUGAAGAACUUCCUGCAUCCCGAAGAACUUGGCUGAGAACCUCGCCAGCUGCUUCCGAGAACUUUGAGCAGUCCCCUUGCUGGCCAAGGGCAAGAUGACUUAGGGACCUUCCCAAACAACUGCUGAGUUAAUAAAUCCUAGCAUUUCUCAGGUCAAAUCCUGCAGUAGUGAGUAGCUAUGAAUGGAUCCUAUUAAGUGGGUGGGUGGGGGUGAAGAUGGAGGGCGUGACCCCUCUGACAGCCUGUUGCAGGUUUAGAAUGAGCCCGUUCUCCAACUAGAAUGGCUCAGAGUGCUGCAGAGGAUUCUAGAGUGCGCAUACCAUCCUGUGUUCUUGUGUUAUUUUGCCACGAGGGUGUGCUAUCUGAGACUUAAAUUACAUCACGAAACGGACUUCCAGCGUCUCCAUGCCUUCACUGACGUCUGUCAUUUUCCUUUCACAGCAGAGGUAACUUACUGGUCAUAAAAGUUCAUGCUCCAUAAGCCAGCUGGAGUUCUAAUUCAGUGCCCUUGUAUGAAUCCAGUUGAAAACAAACACGAAUAAAAAACUAUGCUACCAAGUUACUCCAAAGAGAAAUAUUUCAUGGAAGCAGCAAAACCAUGUAAGGUUUAGGAGAGGAAUUUCACUAGGAAAAUCUAUUUUUACUUUUCUAUUAUUUUUAAAAUGUUCAGAGUCUGAUGUUAGUUCAGUCAUUGUUUUAUUAAGGAAGGAUAUGGAGUGAGGCUGAUGUAAUUUGUUGAGGAGAUUCUUAAAUCCAAAUAAAUCUACACUCCAAGAAACGUGUGAAAAUGACUUGGUACACUUCAGUUAUGUCUGGUAAGGGCUGGGGACAUAGAAUUGGUUGGGUGUUGCUUUGGGCUGGCUUUAUUUUUGUUGUUGUUCCUUUUCUUUAUAGUGUAGAUAUUAAUGAUGCUUUUGUUUUUCUUGGACGCACAUUGAGGGACUUUUCAUUAAUAAAGUGCUUCUGACCCCAUUUUCUAUUCAUGGGACAGUGUUUCAGGGAUGAUUUUAAAACUAAAUGGAACACUUAAUCCUUAAAAGAAUUUUUUUUUACUCUUCAGUAAC